AUGUCUUCUAUUGAUAUAAAUGAAGCAGACGUUAUUGUCCUUUCAGAAGGUCUUAAGAAAUUAGACUCGUUGUAUAGUGAGAUGAGUCAAUCAUUGAAGAAGAUCAGUUCUACUACCUCAACUGCUUCUCAAUUAUUUACACCUAUACUCAAGAAGAACCAACAAUUGAAUAUUCUACAAUACAAUAUAGAGUCCAGUUUGAAUUCCGUAGCUUCAGUGAAGGAUCUCGCCAACGAUGCUUCCAAGCAUGAGAUUAUUUUGGAACAAUCAAUUGCAAAAGUUGGUUUGAAACCUUAUAUCAAUGCGAUCCACAAGAUAGACGAUAUCUUGGAAGACCUCAAUGAGAGAACACACUCAAAUGAUACUUCUGAAUUUGCAGGUAUGGUUACACAUCUGAAAGAAUUGAUUUUCGAUGGUGAGAGGAAUUUACAGAUCUAUUUCAACAAAUUACUGAACUCGAUCCAGCCAUUCGAUCCGCAAAUUAAUAUGAAUAAAAAAAUACCAUUCCCAUACUAUGAUGACGAAUAUUUGGGACAAAUGUCGCUUAUAUUGGAUUAUUUCGAGAAUUCAACUCAAAACGCACAAAUAGUGGAUCUUUUUAUCAAACAGCGGGUCCGUUUGAUAUCACAAUCAUUGGCUUUCUUAGAACCUUUCACGAAACAAAUAUCAUCUGGACCUAAUGUACCAUACCAAAAGGGGAGUAGUGGUGUAAACAGUUACACCGAGGCGAUGCUAGGCUUCAUUGCUAACGAAAACUCUUUGAUUCAAGAUUUAUAUUCUAAAGAAACUUCAAGGCAACCUGUGAUAUAUGCCAAACUUUGUUCCCCCAUCAUUCAAAAUUACUUGAAGAUCAUAAGGCACAAUAGACAACUAUUGAAGGAUAAUAGAGAAAACAUAGGGUUGUUCUCAUUUGAAUUGAGUGACAAAGUCAACGAUGUUCUACGAUCUCUAAGAGGUAAAGAUAUUGCCGAAGCGGAUUAUUUGAAUAGUGAGUUGAUAGAAAUUCAAAGGAUAUCACAUUCGUUAUUUCAAGAGUUAUUCGCAUAUAUUAAUACAAAAACGCGCAGCAUGUCUCAAUUACCAUCUGAUAAUGGUGUCCCUGAACCAACUGUGGAUAUAAUGUCGAAAAUAAGAAAGUUUAGUGAAUAUAAGUCAGGGUGCCUGUCUACCAUCCAGGCCAUGUCACGUUCGCAGUGGUUACCAAAGGAUCCAAAAAUUUCUUGGACAAUUACCAAAAACCAACUGGAAGAUCUUUCAAGUGCUAAUCUUUUAUCUUCCUUCUUUGGUGACGCCAUUGACUAUCUCUUAUUCGGACUUGAACGUAGAGCUCAAGAAACUUUGAACCCACAACAUGAAAUACAUUUAUUGUCAAAUAAAAGGUUCCCUAAUAUCCAAAGAAUCGGGUUUUUCCUUUUGAAUAACCUAAGCUUGAUCGAUCAGAUUGUUCAAAGGUCUGAAAUAAACUCUAUCCUAGGAAGUGCUGGGCUAGCACGACUUGAAAGUUUAAGAAAAAAAUACAUUAAUUACUAUGUCUCGGAUUGGAGAGAUCUCACCUCUAUUCUUUUGGAUCAAAUAUUUGUUGAUAGCUCUGGUAAAGUUUCAUCAAAAGAAAAGGAUCAAAUCAAAGAAAAGUUCAAGAAGUUUCAUGAUGGAUUCGAAGACUUGGUAUCCAGAUCAAAAUCGUACCGUAUUUCUGAUCCAGCUCUAAAAAAAAUAUUGAGACAAGAGAUCCUUUCGUUGGUACUCCCUAUGUAUGAACGUUUCUACAACCGUUAUAAGGACUCCUUUAAACAUCCCAGAAAACACAUCAAAUAUACUCCCUCUGAGUUGAUGAACGUUCUUAAUACUAUCAUUAAAUAA